AACACGACGACCGACACGAUUUCACAACCAGAGUGGUAAUAGUGUCAAGGCAGAAAGACCGUACCGCUACCCAGCGCCUCAACUCUCGUGUUUGUACCGGAUUCUGCUGUCGCCGACCUUUCAAUCUGUCUACCGAUCUGAAGGCUGUAAAUGCUGUCAUCACUUCUGCAUCCACCUACUCCUCUUGUGUAAUCUUGUGUGAUCUCAAGGCAUGGAUGUCACGGUGCGCCUUGGCAGGAUAAAAUAUUGUAAUCCGAAUUGAGUAGGCUACAGUCUGCGAGGAUUUAGCACUGGUUUACACAAUCAACUAACUUGACAUUCAAGUUAAAGUGUAGCCUAGUGCAAUUAAGCUGUGAAAAGUGGAAACCGACCUGACCGUAACUGCAACUGAUAUGUUUUGACUGGUGAGCUUCCGAAUUCGGAAUGAAGGCGGCUGUACAGGCAGGGAGACGGCGGCCCUUCCAGCGGUUCUGCUGCUGUGGAGUUGGGCUUCUCGCGGUCAUUUGGCUCGCACAGGUCGCGCACGUGACAGAGCCGGAGUCGUCUGGGUCUCAGCCAGAAGAGGGGGGUGUUCCAGUUCGUUCCAGACGCAGGCUGAUGCAGGAGGAGUGGACAGAAGACAACCAGACACUGGACCUUCCUAGACCAGCCAUCCAUGAGUUUCCAGAAGACAUCUUCACCAAGGAGGAGCUGAAAGGAGGAGCAGUGCUGUUACAUGUGCUGUGUGCUAUCUACAUGUUCUAUGCUCUUGCUAUUGUCUGUGAUGACUACUUUGUCCCUUCCCUGGAGAAAAUAUCAGAGAACCUGCAGCUCAGUGAGGAUGUGGCAGGGGCAACCUUCAUGGCUGCAGGAAGCUCAGCACCAGAGCUCUUCACCUCUCUCAUUGGUGUGUUCAUCACUAAAGGAGACGUGGGGGUCGGCACCAUCGUGGGCUCAGCGGUCUUCAACAUCCUGGUCAUCAUUGGUGUUUGUGGCAUCUUUGCGGGCCAGACGGUGGUCCUGACGUGGUGGUCUCUGUUCAGGGACUCCACCUACUACAUCUUCUCUGUGCUGGCUCUCAUCCUGGUUAUAUACGAUGCAAAGGUUGUCUGGUGGGAGGCCGUGCUCCUAAUGACCAUGUAUGGAGUUUACAUUCUUAUCAUGAAGUUCAACUCCCAGAUCAGGGGAUGUGUGCAACGUCGGUUUGGGGGCCCGGGUCAGUGCUGCCUUGUCAGUGAGGGACUCAGAGACGAGGAGAUGGCAGAGGACGGACUCACCUGUAACACCAACAUGGUGCUGCUCAGGAAAGGACAACCCCAGGGUCAGGAGUCUCCUCCGGUGGUGAUGGUGGACGAGCUCCUGAUCCUCAACCCCCACCAGCUGUCCUUCUCCGAGGCCGGCCUGCGCAUAAUGAUCAGCCCCCACUUCUCCCCUCGCACCAGGCUCACCAUGGCAGGCCGUGUGCUCAUCAGUGAGAGACAGAGGCUGAUCAGGAGUCCCAACAGCCAGCUGGACGGGGAGGCCAGCCCAGUGGCAGGGGGCACCCCUCUGAAGGGGUUGGGCUCUGGAGGUCUGGAGAAUGGGGGCAGUGUGGAGAAGCAGACCCCUGACGGGGCCAGGGUAGGGGAUGCAGGGGGGGAGAAGCCAGGAGCGGAGGGCUGUCACGCUGAGGAAGAGGAGGAUGAUGAUGAUGGGCCAUUCAGGCCUCUGCAUUGGCCAGGGGGUUGCUGUGCGCGGGUCAAGUGGCUGAUCUCGUGGCCCCUGGGCCUGCUGCUGUACUGCACUGUGCCUAACUGUGUGUACCCACGCUGGCACCGCUGGUUCAUGGUCACCUUCGUGGCCUCCACCCUGUGGAUAGCCAUCUUCUCUUACCUCAUGGUGUGGAUGGUCACCAUCAUCAGCUACACACUAGACAUCCCAGACUACAUCAUGGGCAUCACCUUCCUGGCAGCGGGCACCAGUGUGCCAGACUGCAUGGCCAGCCUCAUUGUAGCUCGGCAAGGUAUGGGGGACAUGGCGGUGUCUAACUCCAUUGGCAGUAAUAUCUUUGACAUCCUGUUGGGGCUGGGUUUUCCCUGGGCUCUGCGCACUCUGGUGGUGGACAACGGAUCAUUGGUUUACAUCAAUAACAAGGGCCUGGUGUAUUCUGUCGUCCUGCUGCUGGCCUCUGUCUUCCUCACAGUCAUGAGUGUCCAUCUGAACCACUGGAAGCUGGACCGCCGUCUGGGCCUGGGGCUGAUAUUACUCUAUGCCAUCUUCCUGCUCUGCUCCAUCUUCUUUGGGCAGAUGUGAGGCUGACGCUGGGGUCGAAGGUCAACCCUGAUUUGCCUUCCUGUCAGCUGCCACGUCCAGGAGUCCUCUGUCUCCCUGACAUACUCUGUCCUAAAGCCAAAAAAACCCAGCCUCAGAUACAUCGUGCUACAGUUAACAUGUGAUGUUCCACAAACAGGAUAUCCUUGGGUGACAUUGUACACAAAUACACACACACGUUUUACUAUCCUUGUGGGGACCUAAAAUUUUCCCUAACCCUAAAUAGCCUAUGUCCACAAGGGAGAAUUUUCCUUGUGGGGAUUUCCGGAUCGUUAGCCAGUCAGUCUCUCUCACACACACACUCACACACAUACACACGUUGUGUUCUUCUAUCCUUGUGGGGACCUAAAAUACAUUUCCAUUCAAAACACUAUUUUCCCUAACUCCUAACCAUAAACCACCAGCCCCUUACCCUAAUUCCAACCUUAAUUGUAACCCUAAACAUAAAUCCUAAACGAGGGACAAUUUUCCUUGUGUCACUUGUGGUGACUCUUGGGGAUUUUAAGGUCCCCUCAAGGAU